AUGCUCUCUCAGCGGAUCCAGAGCCUCCGCCUUGAAAGGCACGCUGAACCGCUCCAGAGAACCGCCAAGCACGCGAUGCGUCGUCGCCUUGCACACGCCGUGCGUGACCACCUCGAACGCCUGGCCGAUGUUAACGACCAGAGAGCCCGGGAUCACGGGGACGUCCACCCAGCUGCCGCUCUUGUUCAGCACCUGGAGCCCCUUGAUGUGCGGGGGCGAGGCCUGGAGGAGGAACGUCCACCACCCGGAGCUGUCCUUGUGCGGUCCUACGCCUUGGCUCUCGGCGCCUGGAUCCUCAAGCGCCGGGUAGUGGACGAGCUUGAGGCGGUGCUGGUCAGAGAGGAAUGGGAGGAAUGUGCCUUGAGGGAGGAAGAGAGCCUCGGCUACGAGGCGGAGGAAGCGCUCGCCUAG